CUGCCUUCUCAUUUGAAAACAAAAGUUGUUGAUGUAGAUAUAGAAUUCUCUUUUAGCUUGAGUUGUUUUUUAUUUGAGUUAAUUUAUUUUAAACCCAUUAACAGAUAUUUUGUGAUAAUUUUUAUAAAUUAUACAGCAAUUUUUGGUAUUCCUGGAAGUACUUUAAUUUACAGGUGUCUACAGGAGGAUCUUCCAUGGCUUCAUCGCUGCACUGACUGGCUGAACGAUAGGACUACUGGCAUAUGCGCAGAAUACUUCUUUAUAUUUUUCUUUUCAGAUGAGAAUGGCGGGGGAGGUCAGCACCAUUGCGGGGGCCUCCAUUGUCACCAAUUGCAGCAGCAAUAUGCACCACUACGGGCCCGGGGGAGGCGCCGGCUCGCCACAGCAGUUCUGUCUCCGCUGGAACAACUACCAGUCGAACCUGACCAACGUUUUCGACCAGCUUCUCCAGAACGAGUCCUUCGUCGAUGUGACGCUCGCCUGCGACGGCCACUCGGUCAAGGCACACAAGAUGGUCCUGUCCGCCUGCAGUCCUUACUUCCAGACCCUCUUCUGUGAGAACCCCUGUCAACACCCUAUCGUCAUCCUCAAGGACAUCAAGUGGCCCGAGCUGAAGGCCGUCGUAGAGUUCAUGUACAAGGGAGAGAUCAACGUCUCCCAGGAGCAGAUCGGCCCUCUCCUCAGGGUGGCCGAGACCCUCAAGGUCCGAGGGCUCGCAGACGUGAACGGCGAGCACGACGAUCUCGAGGGUAAGCCUCCCGCCCUGGAGGACGUGAGCAUGUCGCCUAACCGGCUGUCUACCGGUGGCGGCAAGAAGCGGCGUCGGACCUCCCUAGAACCGUCGAGCCCCGCGGAAGACGCCUCGGAGGCCCUCGAAUUGGUCACGACGUCUCCUUCGACCCCGUCUUCUCUACCUCCCCCGCCCACACCUCAGAGCGCUCCUUCUACCCCGAAUGUCGCUAACUCCAUGAUGGCCGCUCUCUCGCUACCGCCACCGCCGCCUCCACAGACCGCUUCCGACGACAUGGAGAUCAAGCCUGGCAUCGCCGAGAUGAUACGCGAGGAGGAACGGGCCAAGAUGCUUGAGUCAUCUCACGCUUGGCUCGGAGCCUCCACCUCCUCCCUGGCCGCAGACAGCUACCAGUACCAGCUGCAGAGCAUGUGGCAGAAGUGCUGGAACACCAACCAGAGUCUGGUACAUAAUCUGCGGUUCCGGGAACGUGGACCACUCAAGUCGUGGCGUCCCGAGACCAUGGCCGAGGCCAUCCUGUCUGUGCUCAAGGAGGGUCUGUCACUGUCCCAAGCUGCCCGCAAGUACGACAUCCCCUACCCCACAUUUGUCCUGUACGCCAACAGAGUACACAACAUGCUGGGACCCUCUGCUGAUGGUGGCACAGAUCUGAGGCCGAAGGGAAGAGGACGUCCCCAACGCAUUCUGCUGGGGAUCUGGCCAGAAGCUCACAUCCAGGGAGUGAUCCGGGCAGUGGUAUUCCGUGAUCCACAACACAUGAAGGAGGAUCCCAUGAGUUUGGCCUAUCCUCGGCUACAGGUGCUCUCUCCCCUGCAGCAGGCUAACUUGGACAAUAAGCGGCAACAGCAACAACAACAACAGCAGCAGCAACAGCAGCAGCGACAACAACAACAACAACAACAAGAGCAGUCCAUGUACGGAAGCAACCCUUGCAUCGGUGAGGGUGGUAUAGUAACCCCCAGCUCUGCUGCAUCAGCUGUGAUCGCAGUGGCCCAGAACUUGCGUCAGCAGAUGUUGGCAGCAGCCCACCACGGGGCUGACCCCACUCAUGCUGGUUUCAGCUUCCUGGCGGCUCACUGCGGCAAUGGCACCGGCCUCGGCGUCCACUCACCUCUACCUAGCCCUGUCGACAGCUCCCCACGCUCUUCUCCACUUUCUGCCGCCAACAAUAACCUUGAAGUCAAUCUUGGUCUGGGCUACAAACCGAUCAAGUAUGAAAACAUGAACAUAGCACGAGCAGAUCAUCUCUUUCAAGAUGAGAUUGAAGAUUUGGUCAAGAGGCCUCAACCAUCAGAUACACCCAAAGUCAAAAGUGGACUGGAGAUGGGGUACAAGACACCGAUAGUUGGUGAAAACAUGAACAUGGACUUGGCACGAGUGAAUGAGAACAUGAACAAUAUGAAUAUGGCCCAUGCAAAUGAAAACAUGAAUAAUAUUAAUAUGGCUCGAGCAGCCGAAAAUAUGGCACGGGCAGCAGAAAACAUGAGUAUGGCCCGAGCAGGAGAAAACAUGGCCAUGGCACGAGCAACAGAAAGUAUGAACUUGGCACGGGCUGGAGAAAACAUGAAUAACAUGAACAUGAGUCGGGCAAAUGAAAGCAUGAACAGCAUGAAUAUUGCAAGGGCUGGGCACCUUUUUCAAGAUGAUAUUGAGGAGUUAGUGAAGAGACCCCAACCACCUGACACCCCCAAAGUGAAAGUUGGGAUUGGUGUGAGCGGAAUGCCUUUUGCCGUUAAAAACGAGAACUUCCCUUCUGGUCCCCGUCCUGAGUCACUAUUCCAGACCGACAUGGAGGACCUAGUGAAGAGUCCACAACCUCCCGCAACCCCCAAGGAGCAACCGUUGUGUCUGCAGGUCGACCAACGCGAUUAAACAUUCCCAUCGUAAAUGAUCCAUUCUCUAUUUUAACUGAUGAUCUCUAUUUUCUUCAGUGCGUUUAACAAUGGGGGUUAUAAAAUAUCUUAUUAUUAUUAUUUAUUGUAAAAUUUAAUAUUCUAAAGUGGUUUGUAUAAUGUAAGAUAAUGUGGUGUUUAUAUACAGUUUUAAACCUAAGUAUACAUAUCCUUUAAAUUCAGGAAAUGUAAAUUAGACAAGUCGUUACAAACAGUAAAGUACUUUUAAAUGCCAUCGUAUGUCGGGUUCUCCACUGCAUUUUGUGUACAUUACAAUGUGGACAUUGAAAUGUGUGUGUCUCACACUAACUGUGUAUACCGUAAUCCUACAUAGUCUAUUUAAAUGUAACUAACGAUUACAUUUUGUUGGGCAGUAUAUUUGUACGGUUUAUUUAUUUAUUGUAUUUAAGUAUUUUAAGAAGUUUGCAUAUUAUUAUUUAUUAAAGCUAGUUUUAUACCAAAAUAUGUUUUAGUCUGUAUGUUACGCGUUGAACGCCACAGAGAUUAUUGUUAUUGUGUAAAUAGUAUAGUUUAAUGUGUGAAAGACUUUGUAAAUAUUCACGACUUCUGUUAAGUCCAUAUUAUUUUAUAAUUAUAAUGAUCAAGAAGUUUUUUGAUUUGAGAUAGAUACAUUUGUUUUUUAUUUAACUGAAUAAUGUGAGUAUUUUUGGUAUUUAAGUUUGUAUUUUUUGUUUAUUUAUCUUAACCUUAACUGUACAUUUUUUACUGUUGUACUUAUGAUGUGUUAGUACUCACUAUUCCUACUGGGCAUAUGUUAACAGUGAAUAAGCAUAGUAUUAUUUAACCUGUUGUAUUAGCUUUGUUCAGCUAUCACAGAAUAAGCAUGUUCGAGUUCGAUACACCAUUAAUUUGUCAAUCUCAACGAACUGAUUUGUUAAAUAGUAUUUGUCAAGUGUUGUUUUUAAUUAUGUUUCAAGAUUUUAUUAGCUUGAAAUGAUGUACUCGGUUCAUACUCAGUUGGAGAUAGGAGGAAUGAAUGUGUGUGUGUGUGUAUAUAUAUAAAUAAGAGAGGGAGUGUGUACAGGACACGCAUUAGACUUAGGACCAACUUAUGCUUCCUUGGACAGAAUCUCACAAGAUAGAGAACUACAUUGAAGUGUUGCAGCUGUGUUCCGUUUCUCCGAAUACUUGCACGAUUUAAAAUGGCUGUAUUCUGUUCAACUUGUUGUUUAACAAAUAUGAUUUAUCUGUAUUCAUCAUACCGUACCAUAACAUACAAUACAGGACCCCAGGAUAUCAACAUUCCAUAGUAGACAGCACUGUGUUUAGUGUCAGACCUUGACUCCCCUGCCGGCCCGUGUCAGUGGUGUUUGUCGCGCCCCGUAGUUUGCCCUUGUAAAUGCCAGUUAGUCUAGUCACUCUAUAGAGUUCUUCUUGUUUUGUUACUGAGUGAAGAGUAUUACAGGAGCCUCGCUCCGUACAUGUAAAUGCCAUCGUCGGACAAAAAGUUUCCUACUCAUUAGAAAAUUGAAAUUAUCAAAGCAGUGGCCUUGAAUUGUUUACAUUGAUUUUGUAGCUUUCGAUAUGAUUUGAUUUUAACAAAAUUUUACCGAAUCUUCUUGUAAAUUACCCUCACCCGAUGGAUAUGAGAAAAGCAAUGACAAGCAUUCAUCAACUAGUGCCUAUUAAAGGGUAUGUUUUAUUGUAAAUUGAAUUUCGACUUUUUCAUGUCCAUUAUUCCUAAGUCUCGGCUCAUUGUGUUCAAGCAAACUAGAAAAAGUGCCUUCCAUUUUCUGACCACUUUCUGCCACUGUUACUUUCGUUCAAUCUCUGAUCUCGUUUCAACAGCAAAGGAAAUUUUUUUUGACAGCAUACUCUAAAACAUCUGCAGGCAUAAAUUGUGUUUUCAGUUCUUGUUAGACAAAUGAGUAAAUAUUUAUUGCAGAUUAUUGGACAUAUUAGACUGUACCUUCUGUAUAACUGUGUUAGCUGCGUAUAUAUGAUGCAAUAAAUUGUGUACUAUGUAAA